AUGGGGAAGUUCCAGUCGCCCAAGUCUUACCGCAUCGCCCGCGAGCUGGGCAACUUGAUCCAGCGUCUCCCGGGCGCAUACCCGUUCGCCUCUCUUGUUUAUCCGUGGCUGGCCACGGAAACCAGCGAUACCCCCAACUACACCACGGCCCCCGACCCAACUCCUGCCCCUCCUCUCAGCGAGGAGUCUCGCGUCGCCGAAGAGAUCGCUGAACUCCAGCGCAACCGCAACUUCAACGACGCGACGUACUACAGACGCCUCGCCGAGCUCCGCGGCGACCAGGUUCGCAUCGCCCAGCAACCCGCCCGCCCUCGCUUCACCGCCGACUUCGAGCGCGAGAUGCGCCGCAACAACACCAACACAAACCCCUACGGUCCCAACAUCCGCGGCCCCCGUCCUCUCCGCCGUGACCGCUGCGAGCCGUCUAUGAUGGAUGUCGAUGGUGCCUCUUUCUCUCGCCCUCGUCCCCAGCCGCAGCCUCAGCGCUCGAACUACGCUCCUGCCAGGCCGUGCCCUUCCAUCAUCAUGCAGGAUUCGAGCUUCGUCAUCCGCGAGCAACGCGAGCGCAGGGCUCGGCGUGAGGGUUCGAUCCGCGUCGAGUCUACCCUGCUUGACCCCGCUGCCAUCGAGCAGGCUGCCCGCGACAAAGAGGAGUCGGACCGUAUCGCCGCCGCGCAUGCCCAGCGCAUGACGGAGGAGUUCGAGAAGCGCGUCGCGGCGGCUGAGCGUGAGAAGGCCCGCCUUGCUGAGGCUGCCCGCGCCGAGGCUGCACGUCAGGCGGAGGCCGCGCGUCUCGAGGAGGUGCGCAUCGCCGAGGAGGCACGCAAGGCGCGGGAGGCCGCGGAGGCCGCACGUCUCGAGGAGGAGGCGCGCGUUGCCGAGGAGGCACGCAAGGCGCAGGAGGCGGCGGAGCUUGCCCGCCAGCAGGCUGAGCGCGAGGCGGAGGCUCUUCGCGCUGCCGAGGCCCAGCGUCGCGCUGAGGAGGAGCGUGCCCGCAAGGCGAAGGAUGAUUUCCGCGCCCGUAUUCAGCGGGAGAGUAAUGCCAUCAGGGCCGAGCCCGACGCUAUCGUCCGCGCCUUCAAGAUCUACGAGUGGAAGAUGCAGCUCGUCAAGACGCAGAGCAAGGAGCUCGUCGACGCUGGCUACGUGUUCGAUCUCUCUCACCUCCCCUGGCCCAUGUUCGAGCCCACCGGUACCACGGCGACCGAAGUUCUCGACCUUAACGGUGGCGAGCCGGAGGAGGCUAUCCGCGCUUUCGUUCUCCACCAGCAGCGCCCUGAGGGGCAGGGUGUCGUUAGGAAGGUUCUCCUCAAGGAGGUCCUUCGCUGGCACCCCGACAAGAUGAGGUUGGUGAUGAUGCCCCUCGUCAAGGCUGAGGACCGCGAGCAGUGCGACCGCCUCAUCCAACUUACUGCUGGGUACCUCACCACAGUGUACAAGACUGCUUAG